AUGGCCAUAUUAAAGGAAAUCUGGACAGAAGAGCACCUUGACGAAAACACGAAGACCUCGUACGGCUACAUGGUCGAGCUCCGCCAGCGCUUAGAAGACACUUGCCGGAUAGCACAGGAGCAGCUCAGAAAGGCGAAGAUAGUACAGAAGAAGUACUACGACAAGAAGACGAGAGUGCGCCAGCUAGCUGUUGGAGACAAGGUUCUACUUCUUCUCCCCUCCGAGAACAACAAGCUGAUCCUGACCUGGAAGGGCCCCUUCAAGGUUUUGGAGAGAAGAAAUGACAUCGACUACGUCAUUGAUCUGGGAACAAGAAGUAGUCUAUUCCAUAUUAACAUGCUGACAAAGUACGAAGAGAGACCGGUUUCUAACCAACCACCGCAGCAUGCCUCAGUCGCGGUCCAGCACGAGGAAGUAGAGGAAGAGGACAUACCUUCUGUGACACUCCACAAGAAGGAAACUCACCAGGAUGUGAAAGUCUCGAACGACCUAACAGCCUCUCAACAAGCGCAGGUGUCUAUCCUCUUGGCUGCGCACAAGGAAAGCUUCACAGAUGUCCCAGGAAAGACCUGCCUGGUGGAGUGCAAACUGAAGACCACCACCGACAUUCCUAUUCGAGUACAACAAUACCCGAUAUCGUUCGCUAUCCAAGAAGCGGCCUCGCCACCUUGGUUCAGCUCGAACUCGAACGCGGGACGCCGCCACGCAAGCUUGGACGAGAUGGACCCUUCGGACGGGGACUCGGCGGCUGGUCACGUGAGUGAGAACGCCAUAAAGGAUCAACCGCCACAAGACUCGAGACCGCGAAGAAAAAAAACGUUGUCGCAGAAGGCCUUGCUUAACUACGAAGCGAACCGGGACGAGCAACGUCAAAAGCUCGACUGCGUCUGGGAGCGCAUCGCAAACGAUCUUCGGGAAGUUGAACAGGCUACAAACGCCGAAACGCAGCAAGCGGCGACGGGCCGUAUCCGAAAAGAGUACGGUCGUUACCAAGCGCUGUCGGAACGCUACGUGGCCUACUUGUCGGGGAUCAACGCGGAACAAAGCCAGCUAGAGCUAGCCCUUCAGAAGACAACGGAUCGCGACAGAGCUCGCGCGGUUCAGAAAGCCUUGAUGGACACCGGAAAGACGCCCGACCGCGCCACGAAGUCUCGGGACUCGGAACACGCUAACUCGGAGCACUCGUCGAAGUCUGCCGGGCCACGACUUCACGGCUCGAGACGUUCUGGAGGAUCGACGCGUUCGGAACACUCGAUUGCGACCACGACAAGCACGGCUGCAACGAGGGCACGCGCCGAGGCCGCAGCGGCGCGCACUCGUGCUUCUUUCACCAGAAAGGAAGUGGCCAUGAAACUCGAAAGAGCAAGGCUCGAAGAAAAGGAGAAGAGUGCGGCUGCGGCUAACGAGCGCAGAAAAGCAGAACUAGACGCUGAGUUACAGAUCCUACAGCUGGAAAGGGAAGCGGCUGCUAUGGAAGUUCAAGCAGAAAUCCUGCAAGCAGCUGCAGAACAGCACGGCGGGGAGCAUCGCUCUGACCGAACCAUCUCAGAUGUAUCAGAAGUCCGUGCUCAGCGCACUGUAGACUAUGUGCACAACCAGGCUGCCGUCCACGAUGGCUCAAACGAACUGCCUGCUGGGCAGGUUGCCCCAGAAUUGAGUGGUGUGCUGAAAUACCUGGUCCGUCGAGAUUUGAGUAUGGAAAGCCACAUUCAAAGUAUGGUGCAAACUCUGGAAGUUACGGCAAAUGAAGAGUUAGAUCUUCUCGUGAACUGGCUGGGCCGUGAGUCUUCGGUCUAUGCAAAGAGGCUGCGUUCAGUACAUGUCGACAACCCCGCGGCGGGGUUAGAGAUAGUCUGGGAAAGACUGGAGGACUGCUACGGGCGACCCGAAGUAAUAGAAGAUGCGCUCUUCAAGAGGAUCGGAAGCUUUCCUAAAUUCUCCGACAAAGACACUCACAAACUACGGGAACUGGGAGAUCUGCUUCUGGAACUGGAAGCCGCAAAAGCUGAUCCCCACUUGACAGGACUCAGCUAUUUGGAUACGGCAAGAGGGGUGAACCCCAUCGCGGAGAAGUUGCCACACCGUCUCCAAGAGAUGUGGAUCUCGAAAGGCUCAAGGUACAAAGAAGAUCAUCACAUCUCUUUUCCCCCUUUCUCGUUCUUCUCGAAGUUUGUCCGAGACCAGGCCAGGAUGCGGAACGACCCGAGCUUUGCUUUUGGCACAACGGGAAGCACCUUUCCGAGGUUCCCAAAGAAUGAGAAGGUCACGGCAAGAGAAGGCUUCAGAAACACGCCCGUUUCAGUCCAUGCGACCGACGUUACUCCAGAAGCCGUCGACCAUUAUUCGCCAGCCACAGCCGAGAGGAUGGAGGACCCUAACAGACAGUGCCCGCUUCACAAGAAACCUCACCCUCUACGAAAGUGCCGUGUGUUCAGAGAGAAACCACUGCAAGAACGCAAGUCUCUGCUGAAACAAUUUGGGAUCUGCUUCAGGUGUUGCUCCUCUACAAACCACCUCGCAAGGGACUGUAAAGUUGUGAUCAAGUGUGACGACUGUGACAGCACUGAACAUACCAGAGCGCUUCACCCGGACAGUUCCAAACCUUUGUCUUCGAGCCUCGGACAGCAUCCCGAAGACGACACCAUUCAUCACGGACUAUCACCUGACGUAUCUUCCAAGUGCACCGAGGUGUGUGGGGAAGGUUACGGUGGAAGGUCCUGUUCCAAGAUUUGUUUGGUGAGUGUGUGUCACUCAAGCACACCUCAAAAGGCUGUGAGAAUGUAUGCCAUCUUGGACGACCAAAGCAAUAGGUCACUGGCAAGGACAGAAUUCUUCAACCUCUUUGAUGUCCAGGGAGAGAGUUCGCCAUAUACCCUCAAGACAUGUGCUGGAACAGCAGAAACGACAGGAAGGAGAGCCUCUGGGUUUCUGGUUGCAAAUAUUAAUGGCAGCGUGAAACUACCUCUCCCAACCCUGAUUGAAUGCAAUCAGAUGAUCCACAACAGGAACGAGAUUCCGACACCAGACGCUGCACGUCAUCACCCACAUCUAAAGGCUAUAGAGAGCCUCAUACCUCCAUUGGAUGCGGAAGCUCAGAUUCUGCUUCUACUGGGAAGAGACAUCCUGAGAGUCCACAAGGUGCGUCAGCAGUGCAAUGGGCCUCCUGAUGCGCCCUUCGCUCAACGACUAGACCUAGGAUGGGUGAUCAUAGGAGACGUCUGCCUAGGUCGCACACGCAAGCCGGACUGUGUCACCAACUUCAAGACCAAUGUGCUUGAAAAUGGACGACCCUCCCUUUUUGAACCAUGCCGCAACCAUUUUCUCGUCAAGGAGAAAUUCACUGGUCCCGUCAAUCCAACCCAGCACGUACCACCUACCCAAGGUGUACCCAUCAAAGACUACUUUGUCAAAGAAACGACAGACACGUUGUUCCAGACGACGAAGGACGACGACCAACCAGCUCCAUCGGUGGAGGACAGAAAAUUCCUAAACAUCAUGAACAAUGAAGUCUUCAAAGAUGAGUCAUGCAGUUGGGUAGCCCCUCUCCCUUUCCGCGUGCCAAGACCUCGGCUUCCUAAUAAUAAGGAGCUUGCACAGUCUCGUCUUGCAUCACUGCGACGCACACUGCAGAAGAGACCAGAGAUGAAGGAGCAUUUUGCGACAUUCAUGAACAAGAUGUUCAGGAAUGGCCACGCAGAAGAAGCCCCACCGCUAGGAGAAGAAGAGGAAUGCUGGUAUCUUCCAAUCUUUGGUGUGUAUCACCCACGCAAACCAGGCGAAACCAGGGUCGUGUUCGACUCAAGUGCUCAGUUCAAGGGAACUUCUCUGAACAAUGUUCUUCUCACAGGACCAGACUUGACCAACAGCCUGCUGGGCGUCCUGAUUCGUUUUAGGAAAGACCUCUUCGCUGUCACAGUGGACAUUCAGCAGAUGUUCUACUGCUUCCUGGUACGAGAAGACCACCGAAACUACCUGAGGUUCUUGUGGUUUCGCAACAAUGACAUCCACGACAAAGUGGUGGAAUAUCGGAUGAGGGUGCAUGUCUUUGGUAACAGUCCAUCACCAGCAGUGGCUACAUAUGGACUCCGGAAGACAGCACAGGAAGGAGAGGAAGAAUUCGGCAAAGACGCCAGGGAGUUCGUCGAAAAGGACUUCUACGUAGACGACGGGUUGAAGUCUCUCCCUACGGCAGAUGGUGUCAUCGACCUGCUGAAACGCAUGCAACAAAUGUUGGCAGUUUGUAACCUAAGGCUUCACAAGAUAGUAUCAAACAGCAGUAGAGUGAUGGAAGCUUUCCCCAAGGAGGACCACACAAAAGAUCUAAGGGAACUCGACCUGAGUCACGACAUUCCACCGAUCCAACGCAGUCUUGGAAUUUGCUGGGACGUAAAGAAGGACGUCUUCACCUUCAGGGUUCCAGUUCAGGACACACCAUUCACCCGGCGUGGUGUCUUGUCAAUGGUGAACAGCGUGUACGACCCAUUUGGAUUCGUGGCUCCAGUUACCAUACAAGGGAAGUCUCUCCUACGAGAACUCGUCACAGAAACCUGCGAGUGGGAUUCACCACUUCCUGAAAACAAGAGGAAAGAGUGGGAGAACUGGAAGGAUUCCCUUCAGGCUUUCGAGCAACUAGAAGUGCCUCGCACUUAUGCGGCCGUUUCACUUAGCACGGCUCAGCAGAAGGAAGUGCACAUCUUCUCAGACGCCUCGACCAAGGCUGUAGCAGCUGUGGCGUAUCUGAGAGCCACAGACUCGGAUGGUGCGUGUCAUGUCGGCUUUAUAAUGGGCAAGGCUAAGCUAGCACCACGUCCACAACACACCAUUCCAAGGCUCGAACUGUGCGGUGCGGUGCUGGCCGUGGAGCUGGCAGAGCUCAUUCAGAAAGAAAUAGACACACAACUAGAUGUGGUGCAUUUCUACACCGACAGCAAGGUGGUUUUGGGCUACAUACACAACCAAACAAGAAGAUUUUACGUGUAUGUCGGCAACAGGGUCGAACGCAUCAGAAAAUCUACACAACCAGAACAAUGGCAUUACGUUCGGACCGAUGCAAAUCCUGCAGAUCUUGCUACAAGAUUCGUGCCCGCAGCCCGGCUACAGGAGACGGCUUGGCUGACUGGUCCAGAGUUCUUAAAUCGUCAAGAAGAGUCUUCAUGCGUCUUGCAGAACGAGUUUGAGCUGAUAGACCCAAACACUGAUGCCGAAAUCCGGCCCGAAGCAAGCGUCUCAGCCACCAGUGUGACCACAAAUGGACUCGGGACUAAUCGUUUCAGUCGUUUUUCAAGCUGGCCUAGACUGAUGCGUGCAGUGGCAUACCUCAUACGUGCUGCUGGCGACUUUCGGUGCCCUUCUCGUGCCGACGAAGCUGACCUGCCACGUGGCUGCCUUCAAGCAGGACAGCUAUCUGUCGAGCAUUUGUCUCUUGCAAAGAACCUCGUCAUUCGCUCCGUCCAACUAGAAGCAUAUGCAAAUGAGCUCGAGUGUUUGUCACAGGGGAAAGGAGUCCAGAAAUCAAGUCCACUUUGGAAACUGGAUCCUCGUAUUGAUGACAAGGGCUUGCUGAGAGUCGGUGGUCGCCUCAACAACGCACAGCUGAGUCAAGAGGAGCGGAGACCUCUAAUCAUACCUGGUAAACACCACGUCGCCUUGCUGCUUGUAAGGUACUACCAUGAGCAGAUCAAGCACCAAGGUCGACACAUUACUGAGGGAGCAAUCAGAUCCGCAGGUUUCUGGAUCAUCGGAGCAAAACGCUGCAUAGCGUCGUACAUACACGGGUGUGUCAUGUGCUGCAGACUGCGAGGAAGACAGCUGGACCAGAAGAUGGCAGACUUGCCAGUUGAUCGACUCAGUACAGAACCUGCAUUCACAUAUGUGGGGGUUGACGUUUUUGGACGAUGGAACGUGACUGCACGUCGAACUAGAGGUGGAGAAGCCAGCAGCAAACGCUGGGCUGUGCUGUUUACGUGCAUGAGCAUUCGGGCGGUCCACAUUGAAGUCAUAGAGUCCAUGGAUGCUUCAAGUUUUAUUAACGCUCUCAGGAGAUUUUUCGCACUCAGAGGACCUGCGAAACAGCUGCGAUCCGACUGUGGAACCAAUUUUGUCGGAGCAUGUUCAGAGCUCAACCUGAGAACUAGUGGUCUCGACAACGACAAAGUACAAGCAUUCCUUUCAAGCCAAAAUUGCAGUUGGGUGUUCAACCCUCCUCAUUCUUCCCACUUUGGAGGAGCUUGGGAGCGGAUGAUCGGAAUCGCACGUCGUAUUUUGGAUUCCAUGUUGUUAGAACACGGACCGAGCCGUCUCAGCCAUGAAGUUCUGGUGACAUUUUUGGCAGAAGUUUCAGCAAUCAUAAAUGCUAGACCUCUUGUUCCUGUUUCGAUGGAUCCGGAAUGCUGGGACAUCUUGUCUCCGUCUACACUCCUUACCCAGAAGGUUGGUGGAGACACGUUACCACCCGGCGAGUUCAACGUCAAGGAUCUCUAUAGAAGUCAGUGGCGUCAAGUGCAGUGGUUGGCAGACUCCUUUUGGCACCGUUGGCGACGUGAGUUCCUGACAACGCUUCAGAGCCGUCGCAAGUGGCAGGAUAGCCGUCGAGACCUCAAGGAAGGUGACAUUGUGCUCCUAAGGGACAAACAGGUUCACCGCAACGAGUGGCCUAUGGGUGUGAUUGUGAACACUUUCCCGAGUGCGGAUGGAAAAGUACGGAAAGUCGAGAUCAAGACGGCGACCAGAGGAGAACUAAAAAUUUUCCGACGGCCAGUCACUGAGACUGUCCUUCUCAUCUCAAAAGAAGACUGA